AUGGCACACUGCAUAGGAGAAGGCAUUCCUUUCGGUGGAGCAGGAAGUGCAUUUAGGAAGCCACGCGCCUCGCUGAAAGAGGAACAAAACUCUCAGGUCGUCGAGGGGGGAGCCGAGCUGCUGUUUGCGAGGCUUGCCGACCGACACAUCAAAAGACGCCAACCGGAAGGGUGUCAGAGUCCACAGGUUCAGCGCUGCUCACCCUCGACACUGCUCGGUGGCACGGAGAGACAGAAGUACGGAGGGGACGGAGAGAGAGAGAGAGCCAGGGAGAGAGAGAGAGAGAGCGAGAGAGAGACAGAAAAGAGGCAUCUGAAUACGGAGGCCAUGAAAUUGGAUCAGCCGGCGACCGUGGAGGAGCUCACGGAGGCCUGCGUCAAAGCGUUUGAUGAGGAGGGAAGGUUGGAAGAUGUGUUCCUGGUCAGAAUGUUCCUUACCAUGCAUCCGUGGUAUCUCUCGUCCACUGACCUGGCCAAGAACCUCUCCGACAAAGCUCUGGAAGAACACUGCACCCCUAAAGUGAGGUCGCAAAUCUGUCAUCUCAUUAAGUACUGGAUCAGUGAGUUCCCAGCAGAGUUUGACCUGAACCCAGAGCUGGCGGAGCGCAUCAGAGGCCUGAAGGAGAGCCUUGGCGGGCGGGGAGAUGAGCAGGAGACCAGCCUCAUCAACAUCGACAGUGUGCCGUCGUUUGAGUGGAGAAAAGACUUGGGCCAGAGGAGCCAGUGUGACUUCAAGAAGAGGAAGACUUCGCUCCUGUUCGAUCACCUGGACUCGUCUGAACUUGCCGAGCACCUCACCUACAUGGAGUAUAAGUCGUUCUGUAGGAUUCUGUUCCAGGACUACCACAGUUUCGUGAUGCAUGGCUGCACGGUGGACAACCCCAUCCUGGAGCGCUUCAUCACCCUCUUCAACAGUGUCUCCCAGUGGAUCCAGCUAAUGGUCCUGAGCAAGCCCACCGCCCCCCAGCGAGCCAUGGUCAUCUCUCACUUCAUCAGGGUGGCCCAGAGGCUGCUGCAGCUGCAGAACUUCAAUACCCUAAUGGCGGUGGUGGGAGGCCUUAGCAACAGCUCCAUCUCCAGGCUCAAGGACACGCAGGCCCACAUCAGCGCCGACGUCCAGAAGGUGUUUGAGCAGCUGGUGGAGUUGGUCACGUCCUGCGGGAACUACAGCCGCUACCGCCAGCGCUUCUCCCAGAGUGGCGGCUUCCGUUUCCCCAUCCUGGGCGUGCACCUCAAGGACCUCAUAGCAGUCCACGUGGCGCUGUCGGACUGGGCCGACCCGGAGAAGAGCCGGGUAAACUUGGCCAAGACCCAGCAGUUGUAUGCCAUCCUGCAGGAGUUGGCCCAGAUCCAGACCAAGCCACCCAGCAUCGAUGCCAACCCUGACCUGCUGAACUUGCUCCUGGUAUCUCUGGACCAGUAUCAUUCAGAAGAGGAGAUAUAUCAACUGUCUUUGCAGAGGGAGCCACGGAGCGUCAGACCAGUGUCUGUUCCUAGUCCAUCUGUCAUAGAGCAGUGGGCCACUUCUGUGAGGCCGAAAGCAGACCCUGCCAUCAUCAACAGACACAUCGAGAAGAUGGUGGAGUCCGUGUUCAAGAACUUUGACACAGACGGAGACGGCCACAUCACUCAGGAGGAGUUUGAGAUCAUCCGGACCAACUUUCCAUACCUCUCCGGGUUUGAUGAACUGGAUAAGAACCAGGACGGCCAAAUUAGUCGCGAGGAGAUGAUUGACUACUUCACCAAAGCCAACUCUCUGCUUAACAGCAAGAUGGGUUUCAUUCACACCUUCGUAGAGAUGUCCUGUUUCAAGCCUGCAUUGUGUACCCAUUGCUCUGGUGUGAUGUGGGGCUUUUACAAACAAAGAUAUAAAUGUAAAGCUUGCGGGGUGAGUUGCCACAAAGACUGCCGCCGCCACCUCACCGUCGAGUGCCGCAAACGGACAAAGAGCGUCAGUCAGGACGGCCGUUUCUCCCGCCGCUGCCGGUCCUUCAGCGUCCCCGCCGUGGCCGACCCGCCUCCCGCCGUGACCAGCACAGUCGUGUCUGAGGCGGAUGACGAGGUGUUUGAUGUCCAUCUUUGAUGAGGAGAAAGGAGGGCUUGGAGGCCAGCAGGGCGUGGAGUGGACGUGGACACUGUACCGUACUGAAGGAGAACGAAUGGCGGGAAAGGAUAAUGUCAUGUUUUCAAAGUCGUGAAAAGAGUCAUCUCGCUGAAGCAACUCCAGGACGCGAAACCCAGAAAACUCUGAAGAGAUUUUCUGAAGGACGCCUGAAAAAAUGUUUCAAAGCUUUUUUUCCCCCCGAUUUUUGAAGUCUCCAUGGCUAGUGCUUCGCUUGCAUAUACCUAUACUUUACAAAGCCACAAAAUACACAUUCAGCCUUUCUGAAAAUUGCUACUGUAGCUAAGGUGAAGAUUUACAGUUGGUAUGUUAGUAGGGAUAUGUAGUCACGAUACCUCACCACUGAAGCCUGCUUCUGUCUGUUGACGUGGUUCUUCUCCACUAGAUGAUGCUGUUUGUGCCCCACCUCUCCUCGAGUAUUUUUGUGAUGUUUAGCAUUCUGCAGCGGUUCUCCCUUCCUAGCGCUGCCUUUGUUGUAUUCCAUGGACCGUACGCAUCUGUAAGGUGUCAGACACAUCUAUCAGCGCUUUUGUAUCACAGGACCCGCUGCUGUGGUAAUGUGGGAGAUUAAAAAGUAACGCUUUCCUCAACACCAAGUGAAUUAUGCUUGGUGGAAAAAGUGCAGUGUUUAUGAAAAAUACGUAUAGAAAAAUGCAGGUGGAAACACUGUAUAAAGGCCGGAAGCAGCACAGCCACAAAAUAUAUGGUUUCUGUAUGCCUUGUGUGGGAGGGAGGCCUCAUUACCUUGUAUCUUUGCGCUCCCUGGAGAACAGCAUUCAUUUACUCAAAGCAGACAUCUCAAAGAUUCUAGAAGGUAGUUCUGAUAUUCUCUUGCGGACAAAAGAUAAUCUGAAUUGCAAUGCCCUAGCCCAAUAUACCAACUGACGGCUCACAGCAGAAUGGGGAAAGGCCAUUGAAUACCACAGACAUGCACGUGAACAUGUUGCAGCAUGCUCGCUUUCUUUUGUUUUUGUAAACGUUUCGUUGUUUCAUUGAUAUUAAACUCAAAUCAUUUGUGCUGUC